UCUCCUCCUCCUCCUCCUCCUCUCUCCGUGCUCUCUCUCCCCCUCUGCGGCUCUCUCUGCUGCCGCUGCGGUGAAUCUCUCCCCCGCGGUCAGUCACGGUGCAGUCGGGCAGCCGGUGGUCGGUGGUCGGUGUCUCACUGUCAGAGCUCCCGUUGAAACAUCGUCUUUUUUCGGACCCGUUAACUCGGCUCUACCUCUCUCUCUCCCGGCAGCUGUUCACUCUCCGGCGGCAACAUGGGAAAUGAAGCCAGUUAUCCUCUGGAAAUGUGCUCGCACUUUGAUGCAGAUGAGAUUAAGAGGCUGGGAAAGAGAUUUAAGAAACUCGACCUAGAUAACUCCGGCUCCCUGAGCGUGGAGGAGUUUAUGUCCUUACCCGAGCUGCAGCAGAAUCCCCUCGUGCAGCGAGUUAUCGACAUAUUCGACACCGACGGAAACGGGGAAGUCGACUUUCAAGAGUUCAUUGAAGGUGUCUCUCAGUUCAGUGUCAAAGGAGACAAGGAGCAGAAGCUUCGCUUCGCGUUCAGGAUCUACGACAUGGACAAAGACGGCUACAUAUCGAACGGAGAGCUCUUCCAGGUCCUCAAGAUGAUGGUGGGCAACAACCUGAAGGACACGCAGCUGCAGCAGAUCGUUGACAAAACCAUCAUCAACGCAGACAAAGACGGCGACGGCAGGAUAUCCUUCGAAGAGUUCUGUGCGGUCGUCGGUGGACUGGACAUUCACAAGAAGAUGGUGGUGGACGUCUGACACCUUUUCCUCCUUCUUCUUCCUCCGUUUACUGAAGAUCUGCUCGAAGGCGUCGUCCAGAAAAACGUGUUGCCUGUUUUUAAAGGAAGUAUUUUGUCCGUGAAAAACCACCUGAUCCUCCCCCACCCUCCACCCUCCUCACCCCCCCUCCAGGAUCCUUCUGAAGCCAAACCAACUUUACUGAACAGGAACUCUCAGUGACUCAACGUCUCACUUUACCAGCGGAUGGACGGAUUUUUAACGCAGAGCGGGCGUCUCAGUUUGUCUGUGUGGAUGUGCUCUGGGUGUUUUACUGGUUUUUCAUGGUAUGUGGGUUUUUUAUAUUUAUUUUGGUGUCAUCAGUUUUUUUCUUUCUUUCUUUCUUUUUUUUUUUUUUUUUUUUUGAGAAUCAAAGACGGUCGAUCUUAAAGAAAACAGACUUUAGCUGAGAUGUUUCAAACAGCAUGAAGUGCCAACAAGAAUUUACGGACUCACAGGAAAAACCUUGUCACUUCAGAGGUGGUAGUUGUUUAUCUUACUGGAUUAUUGCUUUGCUACGACUUGGACUUAAUUCAUUAAUGGUUUAAUUUUACAGUCAGGAGGAGAUGCAUGAUUUUAAACUACAGACUUUGACUUGUGUUUGCUUUUUUAGAAACUUUUGUGUUAUUGAGCACCGAACUGGAUGUAACAACGUGAACAUUAUUUACAAUCUAACUCUGAAACAGGGCUGUUAAUAAAUGAGUCUGUAAAAUAGUGAAAAACGUCCAAAACCCAAAAACAUUCAGUUUCUGUGAUAGAAAAGCAGAAAAUCUUCAUACUUGAGCUCAGCUUUAUUCUUGGGAGAAUUUAGACGAUUAUCCAACAGUUGCCAAUUAUUUUUCUCACAAUCAAUUGAUUUGUCUCAGCUUUACGUCUGCUGCUGAUGUUAGCGGGUGAUUUGUUGUCUGUAUAUCUACAAACAUUUCCAAACAAGAGCACAUCAGACUCUUUAUGUUCUCUGUACAUUUGAGGAGAAUAAAACCAGAAAUUCAGGUUUGUUUGCAGCUCUGAGCUGAGCAGCUGAAAAAAUCCUUGGUUAGAUCGGCAUAAAAUAAAAUGUAAAUAUAAUUGUGUAAAGACCGAAGAAACUUCACCUUUUCUUUAGAAGACGUAAAGCUCUUUAAAUAAAUAAAAACUAUGACGAGGACUGACUCAGCAGCAGACUGGAUCUCAGUUCAGGACUGACCCGGUCUCUUAAAGACUCUGUGAUGUGUUUGCAUGACGUGGAGGUGAUCUCCUCUCUCUCUCUCUCUCUCUCUCUCUCUCUCUCUGCAUGUAGAUCAGGUUUUAUUUUCCAGGCUGGUCCCAGAACAUUUGAUGGAAACACGUGAAAUGAUGUGUUCAGUGCAUGCUGCGUGACACGACACUGACGGUGUGAAACUGGCGACGCACCGUUUUAUCUGUGUGGUAGAAUCUUUGACUUUUUAUAGUUCAACAGUAAAAUAAAACGUCUGCAGGUGUUGGUGCAUGUUAAACAGUUAAACUUUAACCUGAAUCUAAAUAGUUUAUCUAUCUCUGAGCUGUGAUCGUUUCACUUUGUGUUUUUAUCAGAUCAGUAAUAUUAACAACACUUGUCUUGUAUUUAAUUUUGUAUUUCUUAUUUCCUGAACUUCAGUGAGACUGUUGUUUACAUAUAAAUAAUGGUGAUCAAUACGUUUGAUGAUGUUGCCAAUCAAAGGUUUAAAGGUGUUUUAGUCGACCACCGUUCGCUCUGUUUCUGGAGAAAAUCUCUUCUUGUAUUUCUUCCUUUCUUUCUUUCUUUCUCUGGGUUGAGCUUUUCUUUUUUGUACAGAUAUUUUUGGUGUCGAAGCUUUGUGCUGGUUUUAAAUUUCAGGUCCUGUGUUGGUUUAAAGGGACGUUACAGGGACGACGGAGACCACAUGGGUUCAGUCUUUAGAUUUUUACUCCUGUUUUCAACACGUGGAGAAAAAAAAAGAGAAAUAAACAGUUUGAACGUU